CUGCUGGACUGUACUACCUGGCGGAGCUGAUCGAGGAGUACACGGUUGUCACCAGGAGGAUAAUCAAAUACAUGAUCUGGUUCUCCUCGUCCGUGCUGGUCGGCCUCUACCUCUUUGAACACUUUCCCGGUUUCAUGGUGGGCGUGGGGCUCUUCACCAACCUAGUCUACUUUGGUUUGCUGCAGACUUUCCCCUUCAUCGUUCUGACGUCCUCCAACUUCAUACUGUCCUGUGUGCUGGUUAUAUUCAAUCACUACUUAGCGUUCCAGUACUUCGCCGAGGAGUAUUACCUGUUCUCUGAGGUUCUCGCCUACUUCACGUUCUGCCUGUGGUUAAUUCCUUUUGCUUUUUUCGUCUCCUUGUCGGCCGGAGAGAACGUCCUGCCUUCCACGGUGCAGCCUGGAGACGACGUGGUCUCCAACUACUUCACCAAGGGGAAGAGGGGCAAGCGCUCUGGUAUCCUCCUCAUCUUCUCUUUUAUCAAGGAGGCCAUCCUGCCCAGCCGACAGAAGAUCUACUGA